UUAAGUGACAAAACAUAAACAUUUCCGUGCCCACUAGAUACUGCUAGAUACGUUUACUGAAAUUACUGAAAUAUGUUGCAGUUUUAACGUCUGUAUUUCGUUUAAAACCAAUAAUUUAAGAAUGGCUUGUAACGUGGAAAGCAAGGAAAAUUCCAUGAUGGACUCCGUCAACGAUGUCGAAGAUUUGCAUUCUUUGUCGCAGCGACUGGAAGAGCAGUUUUCAUUCCUUCACCAGCACGAAGCUUGUUCAGUUUGCUCGGGAUAUUAUGGCCCGUGCUUUGGAGAGCCGAUGUGUGCAACUUGUCAUGCAUUCUUAUUUCCGGACGAUCUGGGACGUGCUGAAGCCAUGCCAAUGUGGGACAGUUGCAAAAAGGACGACGGGGAUUCUGGCAAUGAUGAGCCCAGUGAUCCUUAUUACAGCAGCAUUGAAAGACGCUGCAGUGCGAUGGCAGCUCAGGGCCCACCCGCAGCACCUCCUGAUCCGUCACCUUCACCUCCACCUCCUGCAGAUGCAGCUAUUCCUCCACGACCACCUCAACAGCCUGUGGAUAGACUUGCUGAAAGACUGGAACUGCUCUCAGCUCCCAGAGACCCUGAAUACAUGAGUCCUGGAUUUAUAGACAAACUUCCACCUGAAGUGUUGCUUGUUGUGUUCAACUAUUUGGACGACCUAUCGUUAUGCGCUGUGAGCAACGUUUGCCGCAGAUGGAGAAGACUUUUGGAAGCUCGAGUCACCAAUCAGCAGUGGAAGCUGUACACAGAAAACCGCUGGCCCCUCUUCACUCCACUCUUUGACAUCGAAAACUGGUCACUUGCGUACAAAAAACUAGUUGCAAGUGCUCCCUGUCAACUCUGUCUGCAACAAAUGGCAGCACAGUGCCAGCCCAGUGGUCAGGAGAACUCGUGGCGGAGGCAUCGGCUUCGGACGGAGAUAAAGAGCAUGCGCCAAGAUCCUCAGGAGGGUAUACAGGCGAUUCCUCUUGAUAGAGGCUGUUGCCACUGGAUUGCUUCUAUUCUUGGCCCUCAAGGAUCUCCUUACUCCGGGGGAAUAUUUUACCUGUAUCUUCAAAUACCCUACAGCUACCCCAUGCAUCCUCCGUUGGUCAGAUUUGUGACCAAAAUCUUUCAUCCUAAUGUCUCGAGGCAUGGUGACGUUGGAAUAGACCUGAUUCACCACAACUGGUCCCUUGCAAUGACUGUGGUCAAGGUUUUAAUAUCAGUGCAGAGUCUGUUGACCGACCCAUUUUGCCAAGUCUGUAUGGAGCCCAAAAUCGGUGAUCUCUACCUGAAUGACAAAAAGAGUUUUGAGCUUAUGGCCCGGAACUGGACUUGGAAAUAUGCAAUGCAUGAUGCGAUCAUCCCGAGUGCUGAUUAGCCAGAGAAGAAUCUUUACUUACAUCUGGACUGCCUGGUUGGAUUCGGACUUCCACUUGGCGAUUGUUGCUUCUGCUGGGCAAAAGGUGAACGCUGCCUUCUGUCCACUGGUCUGGAAUUGCCCGCCGGCGGCGUCAAAAAGCUGACUGGCGAUUCAAAAUUGUUGGACGGCGCUGCCAGGUAGUCGUCCACGUUGACUUUGUGUCUCAGUCCCUUCUUGUUGUGCCCGCGGAAGAACUUCUUGGGCCGAUUGUGGUCGUUGGGACCGAGCGAGGCGGCGGUCGCGCAUGACACGACCAGCACGAGGGCUGCCAAAGCGGUCAAGCCCGAUCUACGCAUAUUUCUAAAUUUGAAACUUUUGAUUUAUGAUUAAAUUUUGCGAGUGAGAUGUGCGAGUCUGAUGGCACCAACGAACUGACUGCAACAUGCGUGAGGUGCAGGUGAGUUUUAUAGUGUCGCAUUCAUGCUCGGAUGGCCAGCGUUCAUUGCUCCAGGAGACAAUGCGACACCCGCCAGUGAAAACGCGUUUAAUUGUCUCAAGUGAUAACGCACCAACUUUCCAGUGUGAUAAUAAUAGUGAAUGAGAUGAAUGCUCCGCUCGGGACAAAGGGGAAAGUACUUUUGUCUUUUAAUUUUGUCAUUUUUGGGGUUCCUCUUUUUGCAUAUUGAAUUCCGUCAGUUGAUUGAUGACCGGUAUAUUUUUUUCAAUGAGGAAGUGCAGAUAUAAAUAAUAUAGUGCAGCACAUUGUUAGUUCUCUCUCCAAGACAUUUAAUGCUAAUUUGUGUUUUUUACUUAAUUGUUAAUUGAAUAUUAUUGGAAAUAAAAAAAGAGGACCAUAAUUUAUCACAA